CCCGCCUCCGGAGCGGGCUGGGCGGGGGGGCCCGCGCCGAGCCGAGCCGAGCCGCCCCUCGCCGCGCCGCGCCGCGGAGGAUGCUCGGGCCGUGAGCCCGCAGCCGGCAGCCCCGGCGCCGCGGAGCCAUGGGCAAGGACCAGGAGCUGGUGCAGGCGGUGAAGGCGGAGGACGUCGCGGCCGUGCAGAAGCUGCUGCAGAGGCCCAAACCCGGCAAAGCCAAGCUCCUCGGAUCGGCAAAGAAAGUCAACGUCAACUUCCAAGACACCGACGGGUUCUCGGCUCUGCACCAUGCGGCGCUCAACGGCAACACAGAGCUCAUCUCGCUGCUGCUGGAGGCGCAGGCUGCGGUGGACAUCAAGGACAACAAAGGCAUGCGGCCCCUGCACUACGCGGCUUGGCAAGGCAAGAAGGAGCCCAUGAAAAUGGUGCUGAAAGCGGGUUCCUCGGUGAACAUCCCGUCGGACGAGGGCCAGAUCCCCCUGCACCUGGCGGCACAGCACGGGCACUACGACGUGUCGGAGAUGCUCCUGCAGCACCAGUCCAACCCCUGCAUCAUGGACAAUUCGGGGAAGACGCCCCUGGACCUGGCGUGCGAGUUUGGCCGGGUCGGGGUGGUCCAACUGCUCCUGAACAGCAACAUGUGCGCGGCGCUGCUGGAGCCCAAGCCGGGGGACGCCACCGACCCCAACGGCACCAGCCCCCUGCACCUCGCCGCCAAGAACGGCCACAUCGACAUCAUCCGGCUCCUGCUGCAGGCUGGCAUCGACAUCAACCGGCAAACCAAGGCGGGCACGGCGCUGCACGAAGCGGCCCUCUGCGGCAAGACGGACGUGGUGCGGCUGCUGCUGGAUAGCGGAAUCAACGCCCACGUCAGGAACACCUACAAUCAGACGGCUCUGGACAUCGUCAACCAGUUCACCACCAGCCAGGCCAGCAAGGAGAUCAAGCAGAUGCUGCGGGACGCCUCCGCCGCUCUGCAGGUCCGGGCCGUCAAGGACUAUUGCAACAACUACGACCUGACCAGCCUCAACGUGAAAGCCGGGGACGUCAUCACCGUGCUGGAGCAGCACGCGGACGGGCGCUGGAAGGGCUGCAUUCACGACAACCGGACCGGCAACGACCGCGUGGGCUACUUCCCCUCCAGCCUCGUCGAGGCCAUAAGCAAACGAACAGGGUCCCGCGGGGCCGACAUGAGCCCGUCCCACCUCUCGCCGUCGCAGGGCGGAUCGGCCGCGCCGGCUCCCACGGAGGAGAUCUGGGUGCUGCGGAAACCCUUUGCAGGUGGCGACCGCAGCAGCCUGGGCAGCACGGGCAGCGUGGCCUCUGCCCGCAGCUCGGGGAGCGGGCAGAGUGCGGGCAGCGGGGCGCACGCCCUGCACGCUGGCGCUGAAGGUGUCAAGCUGCUGGCAACGGUCCUUUCCCAGAAGGCUUCUGCGCAAGAGACUGCCGUGGGCGAUGGGCCGGCCAAGGCGCAGGACAUCCCCGCAGGUUCGUCGCGGUCGCAGAGCGUGGCCAGUUCCCCGUACGCCCCCCAGCCCCCCGCCGAGCCCCAGCUGAAGAAGAUGGAGCCGCCGUCGGAGGGGAAGAGCUCAGAGGCCGUGUACCAGUGGCUCUGCAAGUUCCAGCUGCAGCUCUACGCGCCCAACUUCAUCAACGCCGGCUACGACAUCACCACCAUUAGCCGGAUGACACCGGAGGACCUCACGGCUAUUGGUGUCACCAAGCCGGGGCACAGGAAGAAGAUCGCCUCCGAGAUCAACAACCUCAACAUCCCCGAAUGGCUGCCGGAGUACAAGCCGGCCAACCUGGCGCUGUGGCUCUCCAUGAUCGGCCUGUCCCAGUACUACAAGGUGCUGGUGGAGAACGGCUACGAGAACAUCGACUUCAUCACCGACAUCACCUGGGAGGACCUGCAGGAGAUUGGCAUCACCAAGCUCGGCCACCAGAAGAAGCUGAUGCUGGCGGUGAAGAAGCUGGCGGAGCUGCAGCGUGCCGAGCUGGGCAAGUACGAGCCGGGCACGCUGAAGAGGAAGGCGGCGGCGGCAGCGUGCCCGGAGGUCCUGGCCAUCGAGUCCCCCCCGCCGGAGCCGCCCGAGUGCCAGUCGCCCAAGAUGACCACCUUCCAGGACAGCGAGCUCAGCAGCGAGCUGCAGGUGGCCAUGACUGGCGAAGCCCCCGAGGAGCCCCCCGAGAAGGCGGCGAACCCCGCGGCCCCCGGCUACCGCUCGCCCCCGGGGCUGGGCGGCCGCACCAGGCUGAUGAGCAGCUCGCAGGAGCUGCUGGGGGACGGCCCGGGGCCCCCCCCAGCCUCCGCCAUCUCCAAGAGCCAGGAGUACCUGGCAGAGGGGCCGGCGAGGGCCCCCCCCGCGCCGCCCAAGGAGGGUCGCCCGCCCCGGCACGGCCACCCCGUCAAGCGCGCCAGCGUGCCGCCGGUGCCCGGCAAGCCCCGGCAGCCCUUCCCGCCCUCCGCCGGGCAGCUGACGCCGCCGCAGACCCCCGGCAAGCCGCGGCCCCCCUCCCCGCAGGGCCUGCCGGCGCCCCACGCCACCGCCAAGGUGAAGCCCACCCCGCAACUGCUGCCACCGGGCGAGCGCCCCGCGUCGCCCCGCUCCCUGCCCCAGUCGCCCACCCACCGCGGCUUCGCCUACGUCCUGCCGCAGCCCGCCGAGGGCGAGGGGGGACCCCCGGGGGUGCCCAUCCUGCCCGUCUCGGUGCCGGUGCUGUGCCUGCCGCCGGCGGGCGAGGGUGAGGAGGAGCCGGGGAGGCCGAAGAAGCGGGCGCACAGCCUGAACCGCUACGCCGCCUCCGACAGCGAGCAGGAGCGGGACGAGCUGCUAGUGCCGGACGCGGGGCCCUACGCCACCGUCCAGCGGCGCGUGGGGCGCAGCCACUCGGUGCGGGCGCCCGCCGGCGGCGACAAGAACGUCAACCGCAGCCAGUCCUUCGCCGUCCGCCCCAAGAAGAAGGGGCCCCCGCCGCCCCCCCCCAAGCGCUCUAGCUCUGCCAUCUCCAGCGCCGGCAUGGCCGAGGACUUCCCCAAGGAGGGCGAGGGUGAGGUGGCUGCCGGGCCCCCCGCCGCUGAGGGGGAGAGCCGCCGGGAGCAGCGGCGGGCCAGCGACCUGGGCGGCAGCGUGGACACGGGCAGCGCCGGCAGCGUGCGCAGCAUCGCGGCAAUGCUGGAGAUGUCGUCCAUCGGCGGCGGGGCCCGGGCGCUGGCGCUGCAGAAGCCGCACGGGGCCGGCGGGACGGGGCCGGCCAAGGCGCCCGAGGGCUACUACCUGCAGCCGGGGGCCCCCCCGGGCAGCCCCGAGCGUGCCCGCGUGGCCACCGUCCUGGCCACCGUCAAGCACAAGGAGGCCAUCGGGCUGGACGGGGAGGUGGUCAACCGGCGCCGGACCAUCAGCGGCCCCGUCACCGGGCUGGUGGCAGCCGCCCGCCGCGAGCGUGCCGACAGCGUGCGGUCGGAGGCGGGCGCCGACGGCCCCGGUGAGCGGCUGCGGGUUGAGCGCGGCGGCUCCCCGGAUGGCAUCCCCUUCGCCGAGGAGGGCAACCUCACCAUCAAGCAGCGGCCGCGGCCCCUGGGGCCGGCCCGGGGAGAGGCGGGCGAGGGGCUGUCCCCGGCUCACCGCCACGGGGACCUGGCCAAGGUGGAGGCCAGCGCCACGCUCAAGCGGCGGAUCCGGGCCAGGCAGAGCCAGCAGGACGGCGUCCGCUUCGUCCUCACCGAGUCCGACACCGUCAAGCGCCGGCCCAAGGCCAAGGACAAGGAGCCGGCGCUGGAGCCCGCCCCGCUCGCCGUCUACCAGAACGGCACCGGCACUGUCAAGCGGCGGCCGGCCUCCGAGCUGAGCGGGGCCGAGCCGCCCCCCACCCCGCCGCCCACCGCCCGCCCCGACGGCCCCGACUACGCCCCGCCGCCCGCCGAGCCCAAGAAGCCCUUCAAGCCGCCGGUGUCCCCCAAACCUGUGCUGACGCAGCCGCCCCAGAAGGUGCCCGGGCCGCCGGUGCCCAUUCCCAAAAAGGUGCCCAUCCCGAGCCCCGGCAGCCCAGAGGUGAAGCGGGUCCACGGCACGCCACCCCCGGUGUCCCCCAAGCCCGCGCCGCCCCCCACGGCGCCCAAGCCCCCCAAGCCCCACGCCGCCAUCCAGUCGGUGAGCGCCGGCUCCACGCCGGCCCCGUCCCCCGCCCGGCAGCUGGGCACCGCCGCCGCCGCCGCCGCCAAGCCGUCCAGCACGCCGCCCUCGCUCUGCUCCAGCCCCGCCAAGCCCCUCUCGCCCGGCGCGCAGCCCCAGCAGGUGCCGGUGAAGCCGCCUCGCUCCGCCAUCACCGGUCCCUCCGUCGACAGCGCCGGCCCCGAGCUGGCGCAGCAGAAGCUGGAGGAGACGAGCGCGUCCCUGGCCGCCGCGCUGCAGGCCGUGGAGGAGAAGAUCAAGCAGGAGGACAGUCAGGCGGCAGACUCGGCCGUGGAGUCGAAGAGCACCGUGAGCAUCCUGGACGACAUCGGCAGCAUGUUCGACGACCUGGCGGACCAGCUGGACGCCAUGCUGGAGUGAGGGGCGCCAGGGCCCCUGCGAACCUCAGGGCUUACGUGGGCACAAGGGCACAACGAUCCACGACCCCCCCGGCCCCGCUGCCCUCCCCCGUCCCCUUUGUACAGCCGUCCCCUCCCGGACAUCCCGUCCCUCGGGGUUUGCACAAAGAAGAAGAUACCUCAGGAUUGUGCUCACGGACUCGGCGCCGGCUCCGGCAGGACUCCCUUUUGCAGAAGCAAAAAAAAAAAAAAAAAAACAGACAAAACAAAACAAAACAAAAAAAACCAACAGAAGAAACAAAGCAACACGUCCCGGACCGAAACGGCCCCCGCCGGCUGCCGGGGCUCCGGGGGUGGUCUCUCUACCUACCUGUCCGGUGGCUGCCGCCGUCGCGCCCGUGCCCUGCCGGCCCUGGCGCCGCGGGUCGCCGCAACCCGAAUGUAGCACAAGCCCUGCCCGGCACGGCGGCUCCGGCGGCGGCGUGCCGCGUGUCGCCGAUGGCCUUUGCCGGUGGCCGUGCCGGUGGCGGGUCCGGGUGGGUAAAUGCACUUGGGUUUCUUUUCUCCUUUUUUAAUUUUCCUUUUUAAAUUUUCUUUCUUUUUCCGUCGUCGUUCGCCGGGGGCGGGCAGGACGCGGGGUCCCGCCGCGGCGUCGCACCGGGCUGGGGGGCUGCCCCGUGGAGGGGGGCUGCCCCGUGGAGGGAUGCUGCCCCGAGGGGCGCGGGGGCCCGGCCGCGGGGCUCCCCUUCACGGGGGCUUCGCCUCAGGCGUGGGAAGGGGGUUUUGUUUGCGUUGGUUGCAAAUCGGGGAGCGAACGCCCCAUCUCGGGGCCCUCGGCGGCCCGGGUGGGGGGCAGCGGGACGUGCCCCUGCCCGGCCCCUCCCCGCCGGGGGAGAGGACAGUGAUAAGCUAUAAAGAAGUAUUAAUUUAUUGGAGGGGAAAAAAAAAAAAAAAGAUAUAGACCAGAUUUCCCCCACCCCCCAAAAUAAUAAAAAGAAUAAACUUUAACAAAUAUAUAUUUAAAAGAUUUAAAAAUAUUAGCAAUUAUAUAUAAAGCAGUUUAAAAGAAAUCAAGAGAAAACUGGAUUUUAGCUUGAGAAAAACUAUUAGAUUAUACUAAGCUGUGUGUCUUGUGGCAAACUCAUUCUAAGAGUAGCACAAUAUUUACCUUUUCUCUGGGUGGAAGGUACGUGCAAGCAGUUCUGUUCGGGUCUUUCCGUUGGGAUUCAGUGUCACGUCUUUAUUUUUACACCGUUAAGAACUCAAAGGAUGUGCCUUGUUUUAUGGAGGUUUUUGUUAAUUCUUAUACUGGAGGUGUUUCAUUUCUUUUGGAGUGUCUUCAGGGUUUGGUUUUGUUUAUUAUUUUUUUUUUUUGGCAUUUGUUCGGUGUGCGCGCGUGUGGGUGUGCGUGUGUGUGCACGCGGGGGUGCGUGUGCUCGCGUGCGUUCUCCAGGACGCACCACUGUAUAUUCAUGUAUAAACUGGAGUUGGAGUCUGGUUCAGUCGCUUGAGUCCUGAUGAAUGCAUUUUUUGCUUGUGGUUUCAAAACAAAGUGUUGCUGUUCCUUUCUUUUCUUGAGACGUACAGAGUGGUCUCUCCCUCUGCCUUCCUCUCCCUCCUUCCCUCUCCCCCGUUUUCUCUCUCUCCCCCCGUCUCUCCCGUUGUGGUCGCUGAUCCAGAUGUGUUUGGCACAACUUUGAAAUUUCUUUAAAAAAAAAAAAAAAAAAGACUUUAAAAAAUAACAAAAAAAAAAAAAGAUCACCCGCCUGAAAAUAUCUGUUGAAAAGAAAAAAAAUAUGUAUCUAAAAAAAAAAAUCCUUAAAGUUCUACAUGAUGGAUAUAUACAUAUAUAUAUUUUUUAUGAUUAAGUUAUGGACUCUGUAUCGUAUCCCAUCUGUCAAGCUAUGCAUCUUGGUGCUUCUCCCUGCUCUUCUGUGCUUAGAUUUCACCUCUACUCGUCUUAUUCUUCCUAUUCUGAAUAGUAGAUGGCUCGUGGUGCUGUGAAGAAGUUUGCUCCUAUACGAAGUCUGGCAACAAAUAUUUAAAGAAAAAUAAAAAAAUAAAACCCC